AUUACGAUAUAAGCGUUUACAGAAACAAGAAAAGGUGAAGAUGAAGGAGAAAACAGAGUGAAACAGAAACAGAGAGAGAGAGAGAAAUUUACUUAGCAAAAGGCUUUUAAGCUUUGCUCUGUUUCAUUUGCCUUUUGUUUGCUUGUUGGGAGCUUCGUUUUGAUUCACUGACUCUCUUUUUCUCCCAAAAUAAUUACUAUUCCAGCCCAUUAUCCAAUUUUUUUUAAUCUUUUAGCCGAAAUUAUUACAAUUACUAUCUCAUCACUCUUUGUUGUUUCGAUCAGAUCUGAAAAAGGGACUCAGAAAACAAUACAAAGAAAAAGCAGUUCCCGAAGCAAAGCUGUUACUCUUUUUGAGCGAGUUUCUUUAGUUGGCUUUUCGUCAAUAAUUAUGACAGAUCAUUCAUUCUUCUGCAUUUUCUAAUCAGUGAACUGAUUUCAUAUGAUCGGAUAGUUGAAAUGUAAUCACUGACUCAGAGGCUGAGCUACAUAGUGUGAAGGGGUUCAAUUGAAUCUACUUCGCCUGAAUAUUAUAUUGUGUAUAUAGUGUCUAAUACGAAAGAACGCAAUGGAGUCACUUGUUGAUGGAAUCAGCUCCUUGCCAAAUGGUCACAAUUCUUUCACUGCUGUUGAGUACAAUACACCUUUGGCCUCCCAGAUAAGUCCUCCUCCUCAUCCUCCAUCAAUGAAACAGUCCGAUUCCAGAUACAAAGAGUCAUCUACAUCAUAUCCAAUAGCUAAGGAACUUAGCUCCAACACAACAUGUACUCCAAAUGGAUCAGUGACUAGUUCAAAGCAUUCUUAUAAAACAUCCGGUGAUCAUAUACAAACGGACAAUGCCUCUGAAUCGACGAGACACCAUUUUGAAUCAAAUGAAGGGAAAAGGGAAAUUCGGGUAACAGAAGAUACUAUCAAUCAAUUAGCAGAAGGUUGUUCCGGAGAGCAGUUUUUAGUCAAGGAUUUACAUCAUGGUUCCAAGGAUAGUACUUCAAAAGCUGCUGACAAAGGAGCUGGUGAUACUUUAAAGAUCCAGUUGCCAUCUCAAUCAGGAAUCAGCUUUUGUCCUAGUCCUCAGAACAGCUUUUAUUCCGCUACACAGUACAAAGAAGCCAGACAAAGUUUCUCAAACACAGAAGUGAGUGAAUGUGUUAGCAGCACUGUGGACAAGUCUGGUGAAAGUGGUGAUGUUAGUAACUCAUGCGAUUUCGUUGAGAGCAGAAAGACAAGCUUCAACAGAGGCAGCACGGGUAGUGACGUAAGUGAAGAAAGCAGCUCUAGUAGUCUCAAUAGCGCAACAUAUAAACCGCAUAAGGCAAAUGAUACAAGGUGGGAUGCAAUUCAAGCCAUUAGAACCCGUGAGGGAACGUUGGGCUUUAACCACUUCAGACUUUUGAAGAGAUUGGGAUGUGGUGAUAUAGGAAGUGUUUUUCUAGCAGAGUUGAUCGGAACAACAAGUUUCUUUGCAAUGAAAGUGAUGGACAAGGCAGCUCUAGAAAGUCGCAAGAAACUUGUGAGAGCUCAGACUGAAAGAGAGAUACUACAGUCUUUGGAUCAUCCAUUUCUACCAACACUGUAUUCACACUUUGAAACAGAUAAAUUUUCCUGCUUGGUUAUGGAAUUCUGCCCUGGGGGGGAUUUACAUGCACUUAGACAAAAACAGCCAGGGAAAUUUUUUCCCGAGCAUGCUGCCAGGUUUUAUGUGGCUGAAGUUCUUCUUGCACUAGAGUACCUGCACAUGCUUGGAAUCAUUUACAGAGACCUUAAACCAGAGAACGGUUUGGUACGAGAAGAUGGUCAUAUAAUGCUUUCUGAUUUUGACCUCUCCUUGAGGUGUGCUGUUAGCCCAACUUUAGUUAGAUCCUCAAAUUCAAGCUUAGAGUCCAAGAGCUCAUCAUACUGUAUCCAGCCAUCUUGUGUCGUACAGCCUGCAUGUAUCCAACCUUCAUGUUUUACACCGCGUUUCCUAAGCAAGCCCAAGAAAGAAAAGAAGUCCAAACCAAAGACUGAAAUAUACAACCAAGUGAACCACCCUCUUCCAGAACUCCUUGCUGAACCAACGAGUGCUCGAUCUAUGUCUUUCGUGGGGACACAUGAGUACCUGGCACCAGAAAUUAUUAAAGGUGAAGGACAUGGUAGUGCUGUAGAUUGGUGGACAUUCGGGAUCUUUCUCUACGAACUCUUGUUUGGACAAACUCCGUUCAAGGGAGCAGGCAACAGGGCGACGUUGUUUAACGUUGUUGGUCAGCCCUUGAGAUUUCCUGAAACACCUACUGUUAGUUUUGCUGCAAGGGAUUUGAUAAGAGGUUUACUUGUGAAGGAGCCACAGCAUCGCCUUGCAUACAGGCGCGGGGCAACUGAAAUAAAACAACAUCCUUUCUUUCAGAACGUAAACUGGGCACUCAUACGAUGUGCUAGUCCUCCAGACGUACCCAGACCGUGCAUGACAUAUGAUAUGCCCCGAACACCACCAGCAGGAAAGGUGGCAGGUGUUGAUGUGAAACCUUCAGGUAAUUAUUUCGAGAUUGAUUUCUUCUGAGUAAUUCUUUUCCUUGGCAGCAAUGUCCCGUUGCACUUAUACGAAGAGCCAGCCACGUUGAAGAAACACCUGUUUUUGUGUUCAUUUGAUUAUGCAAAUGUAAAGUGCAGACUCUGUUGAAAUGCAAAUGCAAAUUGGAUGUUGAAGGCCAUUUUUCCUUGCACAAUUUUUCAGAAUUCGAACUUAUACAACUUGGAACAACUGCUUUAUGUCCAAGGUUAAGUAUGUUGUUAAUAUUAAUGAAGUAGGCCUUGAUGUGAAAAAUAAUGUGGCUAUAAAACUAGGCAUUACUGGAUGUGAUGUUUCAAAGUUUACUACUGAAGAACCAAUAGAUGAUGUAUAAUUGUAA